CCAUACAAUGAGCGCACCAACAAACAAAAACUUUCUCUGUUCUCAAGCUUGGUACAGUUCACACGUCCGAAGUCCAAGUAGAACUGAAGUGGUGGUAUGCGAGCGGAAAGUUAUAUACGUUCGGAACGUAUCGCUCUUUACCCUCCCCUUCUCCGAACCAUUGAUAGUUUACCACGUGACCGCUACUCAUGUAUAAAGUUUAAAAGACGUAAUUGCGUAGCACUAGAAUUUUUAUAAACAAACAAGGAAACUGAUUUCUUUUUCUCGUUUUACAUUAAGUACACUAUAAUGUUACAUCCUUUCUCGUGUUACCUCCAGCGAUGUUUCACGUAUCUUAUAAACGCGUUUUCAUGUAACUCUUCAAAUUUAUACAUGCGAUUUAAAUUUUACGGUUUCCCUGUUUCCUAUACAUUUUAAUACCUAAGAAAGUAAAUUCGUCACAGGAAUCUUUGUACUUAAUGCGAUUAGCUGCAUGCGUCAUGUUCCUAAAAAAUACACCGUUUCCCAGCUGUUCGAGAAUCGAAGCCUUACGUCAGCUCCGUCUGAUUCGAAUAACGUCACGAUAAAUAAUGACUAUAUUCUCUGAACACACUAAUAUAAUUACAAUGGACUUCCUGGAAAAAAAGACUGAAUACAUACAAAGUUGAACAUUAUUCAUUAUAUAAUUAUGUGAAAUGCAUGAAAACUGGAAAUAAAAUUCCGUUGAAACUUCCAACUAUAUUCGCAGUAGUAUAUCUUAUCGCGAUAAAACAGCUACACGGUAAAAUGAUCUCUGUUUUAAUGAGUCGGUGACGUCGAACAGUUCGCUGAAACAAAUAUUUAUGUUUAAAUUCAUACACAUAUAUAAAUGUGUGUAGAUAUAUAGUUUGCUUCAAUAUACUAUCAGCCACGUGAUUAUAAAGUGAUUGGAUAUUUGCUCGGAUAUAAUAAAAUUACGACGUAGAUACUUGUUCAGAAAAAUGAUAUUUACACAACAAUUAUCGAUAUACUUUGUUCGAAAUCAAUUCUGAAGUAGGGUAAAAUUGGAUCGCUUCGAUAUCGAUUUGACGUACAUCCAUAUGUAUAUUGUGCGAUUCUAUCGAACAAUUUGAAAGGAUGCAAGAAGAGGACAAUACAAAUUAAGUAAAAAUGAAGUUGACAUGAAGUUGUUGCUGUGUAAUAUUCUUUCGAAAGAUUUAAAAAAUUUGCCAACCAUGUCUCUAUCACAAGAAGGAUCUGACCUUUCAAUAUUGGAAAAUGAACCAAUGGAUAAUUUGUAUCUUGCAUUGAUACAAUGUUUUGCAAUUAUAUUGUGCGGAUAUGUUGCAGGAAGGUUUGAAAUUAUCAAUAAAAAUGAAGCAAAUGGUUUAAAUACUUUUGUAGGAACAUUUGCUUUGCCUUCUCUAAUUUUUAUGUCACUGGCAAAACUAGAUUUUAGUUUAGUGAACUGGAGAUUUCUUCUUGCUGUAUUAUUAGCCAAAAGUUGUGUAUUUUUUAUUGUUCUUGGUGUCUCUCUAGUCAUUAAAAGACCAUCAAACCCUGGUUGUGCUGCACUCUUUGCAAUAUUUACUACGCAAAGUAAUGAUUUUGCCAUUGGAUAUCCAAUGAUUGAUGCACUGUAUGGAGCAACUCAUCCUGAAUAUGCAGCAUAUUUAUAUCUAAUGGCACCCAUAUCUCUGGCAAUUUUAAAUCCAAUUGGUUUUGUAUUGUUAGAGAUUGGUAAACGUUAUGACGAAAAUCAUAGAAGUUAUAAAAAUAUGAUUUAUUCUAUUAUAAAAGGAAUUGCAUUGAAUCCAGUGCUUCUUAUGACUAUACUUGGUAUUUUGGGAAAUCUAAUUUUUAAACACGUAAUACCAUCAGUUCUUGCCACUGUUCUCGACGUAUUUGGUAAUGCUUUUUCGGCCAGUGCACUUUUUCUAUUAGGAUUAAUGAUGGUAGGCAAAGUGCAUAAAUUGAAGGGUACAGCUCUCGUUAUACCUGGCAUAUUAAUAUCAGUAAAAUUAUUGGUUCUUCCUUUAAUUAUAAGAGAAUCGAUUAUCCUUCUAAAUGCUGGAGAAAAUGCUACAGCUACUCAAGAUUUAAGUACAUAUGGAUUUCUGUAUGGUACUAUUCCAACAGCACCAGCACUAUUCAUCUUUACUCUUCGAUAUAAUCUCGAAAUUGAUUUAAUUGCAUCGGCAAUGGUUGCUUGUACCUUUUUAUCUGCUCCACUUAUGUUUGUCUCAGCAAAAUUAAUUGAUGCUGUUUCUGCUGGGAAAACGCCAGCAGAUUAUGCACAUUUGUUAAAUGUAUUUUCUUUCGAUGUGAGUAUCGCUUCAGCGACAAUUUGUAUAUGGUUGAUUGGUUGUUUCAUCGGAUUAGGACGAAAGAAAUAUAGAUGUGCUACUCAUCAGUGUACAUUAUGUAUUAUAGUUGCACAGUUAGCCACAGCUAUAGGUGUAAUAAUUUGGACCAAACUUGAAUCGCGUAAUACCGGAUCAAUUUUAUGGUACAUACAGUUCAUUCUGAUUACAACAGGAGUAUAUGCGAGUCGCAUGUGGACAGCGGCAAUAGCCGCAACAUUACUAUAUUUAAGUUCUCGUUCCUUGGAUUUUGUUCAAAAUGUACAGAAAUGGUUUUAUCCUGUUGGAUGGGGAGUUCCACUUAUAAUAGUAACUAUAAUGUGUAGUACAAUAUCUCCAAAAAACUCUGAACUUGAUUUUAAAAAUCCUAAUUUUCAACUGGGUAGAAUUCAAGCUGCAAUUUCUACUUUUAUACUGAUAUUUUGCUUUAUUGUAACAUUGGGCUGUUUAGUUUUGCAGCAGAGGUAUCAACGUAGACAUGUUUCAACAAUUUAUAGUAAUUUAAUAGAUGGAGAAACUUCUAAUAAUGAUGGUGCUGAAAGACAUUUAGUAGAUGUUGAAGAUCUUGUUUCUCCUACUUCACCUACACCAAUUAUUGGCUGCGAAUAUCCGGAUGGAUGUUCAGGUGGAAUAUGCAGAAAUAACAACAAUGAAAAUGAUGACUGUGAUGCACAUUCAUACAAUAGUGAUGAACAGAUUGAUCCACAAUCUCUUAGACAUCUUGUAUUUCUUAUUUUACUUCUUUGUUCUAUGUUUAUUGGUUUGUCUAUAUCAAUUGGAACAUUAAUAAUGGAAGAAUUGACCGGCGUUUAUGCGGAAUUAGCAUUCUUGGAUGUUGCUUUAAACUUUGGCCAAUCAAUAAUUGCAUUUGCCAUUUUUGGAUUAGAUCCUGGCUUUGGAAAAUUAGGAUGCUGGUUACGAAAAAUGUGUCGUAAAUGGCGCGCUGAAAAAGAAUUGCAGCUUCCUUCUGAAGAUGCAUUAAGCCCCGAAAUAAAAGCCAUACGGGAUCAAUUUAAUCGUUGCCACUUAAGUGAAUGUCGAGCUCGUAUAGCUAUAUGUCGCAGACGUUUAUUAAAGGUAUACAGAGGUGUUUUUACUGGAACCGAUUUAGUUAAUUGGUUACUCGAAGCUGGUAUUGCGCAAAACAGAGACGAAGCUGUACAAUAUGGUCGAAGCUUAUUAGAAAGCAGAGUUUUACAGCACAUUGAUAGUACUCAUCAUUUUCAUGAUGAGAACAUGCUUUACACUUUUAAUGCUUAAAAUACAUAACUUAUUUUUUUGUAAAUUCUACAAAAAAGAGUAUUUUCAUAGGAAAAACACUUUUAGUUUGUUGCAUAAUUUCAUUUGAUAUGGAAUUAAAAAUCUUUAAUUAUCAAUGUAUUUAUUUUGUUUCUAUAUUUUUUUUAUAUGAUACUAUAAAAAGUUUUCUUUGUGCUUGUGGCUGUGUUUUUCUGUUAGAGUGUAUAAUAAAUGACAUAAUCUUUAUUACAUAAUUAAAUACUUUAGAACAAAGUAAUACAAUAGUAUUUAAUUUUAUAAAUACCAAAGA